AUGACAUCGCGAGAAGAUAGUGUCCUGGCCGCCAGAGACCCGUCUCUUGUUGACGAGAACGACUGGGAGGAAUUCAGCCUGUCCGAGGUCCGGAUCCUGGUCCCGGGAAAGUCACGAUAUGCGAAUCUGCUUGCGGCCUCGCCUGAGAAUCCUGUGCAGGUGACGGGAUGUUUGGAUGAGGUGGAGGAGGAGCAGGAGUCUCUUGUCCUCGACGAAGAAUACCAAUCGAAGCGCAUUGUCAUCGAAAACGUCACCCACUACGCCUACGGCCAACAUAACGAUGGAGAAGUCGGGAUAUGGGUUGCUGGUCGUGCGGGCUGGUUCUCCAUUUCGCCUGCAAAGGGGUACCGGCCCCUGUUCAACGAGAUAGUCGAGGCCAUCGAUUUGUUAUAUUUCCUUGCGGACCGGCAUCAGAAAAAGCGCAAUAAGCGGAAGGAUUGGAAUCCCAGUGUGGAAUACUUGUGUGAGGAGUAUGUUAGUCAUACCCACGGGAUCUGCGAGGAUACGGACGAUUCAGCAGAGGUUUUCUAUAAAUACCACGGCUUUUUGCUUUCGCAGAUGAUCAAGGGUGAGGAGGGUGUACAAUGGACCAAGUCGAAUCUGUUUGAACAUCUCUGUGAGAAGUUUCCUGAAACGUACGAAGAGAUCAAGGCCGAAAACGAAGCGAAAGAGGACGAAAAAGAACAAACCCCAGAAGAACAAAUCGAGACGCACAGCACACCCGAGAAGAAAACCCCACCCCCGGAUUCGGCUACAGUUCCCCAAACACAAGCAGACACAAUAUACCAGGUCAUCAUCGACCUGAAAGAAGCUGGGUACUUGGCAAAACGCGAACUGAACCUCGACCUGGUUAUUUCGACUGUGGUAGACCGUUUUGAAAUUGGUAGCCGCGAGUAUGCGGUUGAUCUUGUCGCCGCGAGGGCGAAGAACGUCCUUAAAUUAAUGGACGAAGCGAAGACAGCCCACUUCGACUGGUCCCGCAAGGCCAUCUACCGCGAGCUCAAAUCAGCCACAAAGCGGAAGAGGAAUCCAGAAGAUAUCACCUUAACACCCUUACGACCUCGCUCGAAUGACAAGGAUGAGUCAUCUAAUGAAGAAAGCGAAGAACAAGACGACCACCCUAGACACCGAAGACGCCGUGUCCGCAAGUCUGUUCUUCGGCCUAAAGUCAGCUCCGUCUCAGCCAAACAAAUCGGAAAGAGAACUCGAAGCACCGCCGCCGAUGAUGACGGAUACUUAUCGGACGAACAUCCUCACGAUGGGCAGGAUGACUUCGAAACACCAAGUAAAAUCCGCGGCCACGAACUAGUCCGCGACCCGCUCUCCACAACCAGGGCAAAACGGACCCGCUCCGUCCUCUCAGACGCAGAUAUCCAUUCAAAAACACCUUUACGAAAACUCGUCCUGAGCAGAAAUACCCCCGCCCAUGGCGCAGAACUAGAACGAGAACCCACCGCCGAACCAGAUGACACAUGGGCCUGCCAAUUCCGCGGAUGCGAAGCGGUCGUUGAACAUAGCAGCUCGGAGCGCGGACAAGAGCUGGUUGAAGACCACCGUGCCAGUCACGAGGUUGAUACACAGACGAAGUUGGAUUUGGUCUUUGCGGAGAAGCAGCUCAAUGUCGGUAUGCCUGUGGAUAAUCUUCUCAGUCGGAUUAGGGAGAUGGGGGUUGGGUUGUUAGGGGAGAUGGAUAAUGCUGCUAGUGCUAAUGAGGUGUAA